AUGUGGAACAAUUGGACUGUAGAGCUCAGCCUGGAGCGGUAGACCCUUUAAACAUUCAGAUAAUAAAAAAAGUACUAAUAAACAUUUUCUUACGACUUUGGAUGAGACGGGUGAUUUGGCGUGCUUGGGAAAAUUUUGGAAGAAAUUUAAUGAUAAGAAAUAAAAACAUGGUAGUGGAAUAAUGAUUUAGACCGGAUUAUAUUGGGUUAAAUUCUCCAUUGAGAAAUAACGAUGAAAACCUAAAGUAUUGAUAAAAAAAAUUAUUCUUUUCAUUUGAUCUCUAAGUUAAAGAAAACGUUUCCUACCAAGUUCCUUAGAAAGAGAGUUAAAUAUACGUUCUAUAUUUGGCGAGAAACCAUGAAAAGCAUCUCCUAGGUUUUUCGUAUUAGCACCCAAUCUUUACCUUAAAUUCUUGAAUUAAAUGAAAAUGAUCUUAUAGAUAUUGAAAUAUGGUUCAAUUGGGGCUUGAGGGUAAUAAAAUUCAAAACGAAGGUAACCAAGAAAAUCUCGAAUUGUUUUAGAUAUUACAGAUUAAAAAUGAUAUUUUCUCAGUUUAUUUAAGCUAAAAAUCAGGAGUUGAUUCUAUAGAGGAAACUACCAUCAUAAAACCAUUUAGUUUGUUAUUGAAUAUGCAUAAACCUUUUUCUAAAAAAUUCUAUAAAUGAAACAUAAGGGGAAUCAAUUUUAAAGAAAUAAAAAUUAAUUAAAAAAAUAGUUAUAUCUUCAUAAUUUAUCUUGAUAAUUUUUUAAAUGAUUAUUUUUUAAAAAAUUUAUGUAAAAUAAAAUUAUUACACCAAAUUCAUAGAAAGGAAAAUUAAUCCAAGGAGACAUUAUAUCUAUUAAAAUAAGUUUACAAGUCUAUUAAGAGUCAUGAUACUUUUGUAAAGAGCCUUAUUGAUUCAAUUAAGGUAGCAUGAGAAACCAAAAGAGAGGUGGGCAUGAUUUUAUAUUCUACAUUUUUGGCUUCCUAAUAGUUGUUUUUUUUACUAUAGUUACAAAUCUUGCCAUGUGUUGUCAUAUUCUUUUCUAAACUUAAGCUUAAUGAAUUGUCAACUAAUAUUGUAAACUUCAUCACAAAUUGAAAUAUUUUAUUCUUUUGUGGUGAUGAUUUCAUUGUGAAUCUAUUUCAAAUAUGAUUUCAUUGUGAAUCUAUUUUAACAUGGUAGUGACUUUUCUACAGAUCGUCGGUGAAGGAUUAAGUCACUAGAAUCACUAGAUUAUGAACAAAAAUCUCAUCAACACGAUUUGCGGAGCAUUGUUACUAAAAAUGCUGAACGAUUCGUGAUAAAAGGAUCGCGAAUCCAUCGAGUAAAGCUUCUCCGAUUGAUCGACGAACAAGCCAUCGUCGAGAAGAGGACGAUUCACUAGGAGAUGAGUCGCCACCUCUUGAGAGCGUACCGGUUGUAAUGAAGAGCCUCUUCUUGCUACGCAGACUUGAGGAUGAAGCUCUCUGACACACGCUCCACCUCUAUCCAGCUCCUCUCCCUUGGGUGACAACCGCCGUAGAGCCGCAAAGUCGUCAUUUUUCUGCUCAGUCGGGUGAUAGCUGCUAGAGACGGACGACCCAUUUCAUUGAUCUUUAGACUUCGCAAGGAGAUCUAGAGAUUGCCCACGUCGUCCUUGUCCAAGAAAAGCCUUCGAGGCUGUGGACACUACACGACGAUCCUCCCGAACGCUCAGGAUUCUGGUGCAUCGCUGACACAUCGCCGCCGCGACGCGAAACUCUAUUUUCCUACUUUCAACUUAAUUUCUGA